AUGGGGAAUCAGUGUACAUAUGAUGGAAAUAAAUGCGUUUGUGUUCCAUUUAGGCGACUUUUUGCUCGUUGUUUGGACAAAGAGUUUGGUAGUCGACGAGAAGUGAUUGGAUACAAGCUUACACCUGCUCAUGGAAGUCGGAUGGUUGGACAGAACCUCAAAAACAGACGAGAGGUUUAUCGAAACAUAGAAAUUACCGAAAAAGGAGAUAAUGAGUAUGUGAAGAUUCUUAAUGGAGAUAAGAAAGGGGAUAAGGAGUUGUUGGAGGAAUUUUUGAGGGCUGAUAGGGUGUUUCAGAGGAAAGUUAAGGAGUAUUACGAGAAGAUGAAGUGA